AUGCAGCUGCAACGGCAAGGAUCUCUACUGGUGCUGCUAGUCGGUACGGUGAUGCUGCUGCUAAUAACGGCACACGUGGACGUGACCCAAGCUGCAUCGAUCUAUGCACCUGAUUUCAACGAAAGCAGCGCACACUUCAUCGAUCAACAGCGCUCCUGUCGGGACCUUUGUAGCUUUUGUCCGACCUGUAACGGGUUCUACUGUGGCGAAGAGUGCAUUUGCGAAUGCCGGCAGGAUCCAACCGAACACGCUAAAUGCAUCGAUCAGAUCAAGGCCAAUAGUGAAAAGCUCGGACUGGUGUACGAUCUUUUCAUCCAGCUGCCACAGAUGCGGUCUUCCCGGACGAGGUUCGGGCGCCGGGCGAAAACUCCUGAGGAAAAGGACGAUGCCGGAAGGAUCGGUUUCCACAAGAUUCUCUUCUCGAACUUCGCCACUAUGCGGGCUUCGGUUCAGGAGCAGCCGCCGAUCGGUGAGCAGGUGAUGUUGCACGAACUAAGCUCCGAUCCUCGAACGGACGAUCGCACCACCGUUCGCGAUCCGCUGGAGAAACCGGAAGUGCUGGAAUUGCUUUUUAGCAAUGGCACGUAA